AUGAAAAGCCUGAACGGACGGCACCGCAAGCAGACAGCGGUUCAUAAUUCAGCUUUCAUGUCAACAUUUGACAAGCCUGAUGUAGUACAUGAAGUCUCCCACUCAUUCGAGACCCAUGGAUGGGCGGAGGUGGACAGGAGAAAAAGGCAGGCUUCUUGCACUUACAUGAAGACAGGUCAAUCGGCAGAAUCAACACUGUCAGGAUCAGAGCCAAGCCCACCACUGCUGGCAACAGACGAACGCGGAAAAAAAGAACAAAACACGAAGGAACAAUGCAGGGAAACCAACAAACACGAAAAAAAACAUGGACAAAUGAGUGAACUUGGGGCAAUAGGGCCAGGCAGCCUCUUGAGGUGGGAGGUAGAUAGGGUCCCUGGUUUUCAAAUGAGUCAAUGCAAGGACAAACGAGGGAACCCACCGUCAAACGAGGGAAUGCGGGGACAAAUGAGUCGACGCGAGGACGAACGAACGAACGCGAGGAUAAAUGCGGACAAGAUAACUCAGAGGACGUUACCAACAUAG